CUCGAGGGCGGCUCUGGCGGCGCCUGGAGCGGCGGCCCCGGCGGCAGAACCGGGCGCAGCUGGUGCAGCCCGGAGCCCCAUGGUGCUGGGCUGCGGCCAGGCCUCAGGAGAAGCCCGAGCUCCGGGCCGCCCCGGCUGACCGUGCGGGCCCGCGCGGCCCGGAGCCGCCGCCGCCCGUCGGGCCCCGCGGGGUCGCGGGCCGGCCAGCCAUGGGGUCCCUGUUCCGGAGCGAGACCAUGUGCCUGGCGCAGCUCUUCUUGCAGUCCGGCACGGCCUACGAGUGCCUCAGCGCCCUGGGCGAGAAGGGCCUGGUCCAGUUCCGAGACCUGAACCAGAAUGUAAGUUCUUUCCAAAGAAAAUUUGUUGGUGAGGUGAAGAGGUGUGAAGAACUAGAGCGAAUAUUGGCAUAUUUGGUGCAGGAAAUUAAUAGAGCUGAUAUUCCCCUCCCUGAGGGAGAGACCAGUCCUCCUGCACCGCCUCUUAAACAAGUGCUCGAAAUGCAGGAGCAGUUGCAGAAGCUAGAGGCUGAGCUGAGGGAGGUCACGAAGAACAAGGAGAAGCUGAGGAGGAACCUCCUGGAGCUGACAGAGUACACGCACAUGCUGCGAGUGACCAAGACCUUCGUCAAGCGCAACCUGGAGUUUGAACCCGCUUACGAAGAAUUCCCUCCCUUGGAGAACGAGUCUUUGUUGGACUACAGCUGUAUGCAGAGGCUGGGGGCAAAACUGGGAUUUGUGUCUGGCCUCAUUAACCAAGGGAAAGCCGAAGCAUUCGGGAAAACGCUGUGGCGAGCCUGCAGAGGGCACAGCAUCGUGACGCACGCAGAGCUGGAGGGGCCCCUGGAAGACCCUGAAACGGGAGAAGUCAUAAAAUGGUAUGUGUUUUUGAUAUCCUUCUGGGGAGAGCAGAUUGGCCACAAGGUUAAGAAGAUAUGUGAUUGUUACCACUGCCACGUUUACCCCUACCCGAAUACCGCCGAGGAGCGGAGAGAGAUCCAGGAGGGCCUGAACACCCGGAUUCAAGAUCUGUAUACUGUGCUUCACAAAACCGAGGAUUAUUUAAGGCAAGUGCUCUGUAAAGCCGCCGAGUCAGUCUACAGCCGCGUCAUCCAGGUGAAGAAGAUGAAAGCCAUUUACCAUAUGCUGAACAUGUGCAGCUUCGACGUGACCAACAAGUGCCUCAUUGCCGAGGUCUGGUGUCCCGAGGCCGAUCUGCAUGAGCUGCGCCUUGCUCUGGAGGAGGGCUCGAGAGAGAGCGGUGCUACGAUCCCCUCAUUCAUGAACACAAUCCCAACAAAAGAAACACCCCCGACUCUCAUCCGCACCAACAAAUUCACCGAGGGGUUUCAGAACAUCGUGGAUGCCUACGGGGUUGGGAGCUACCGAGAAGUGAACCCAGCUCUCUUUACCAUCAUCACUUUCCCCUUUUUAUUUGCCGUGAUGUUUGGAGACCUUGGACAUGGCUUUGUGAUGUUCUUAUUUGCCCUCCUGUUGGUGUUAAAUGAAGAUCAUCCCAGACUAAGUCAGUCGCAAGAGAUCAUGCGGAUGGUUUUCAACGGUCGCUACAUCCUCCUGCUGAUGGGGCUCUUCUCGGUGUACACGGGCCUCGUCUACAACGACUGCUUUUCCAAGUCCGUCAGCCUCUUUGGCUCCGGGUGGAACGUGUCUGCCAUGUACAGCUCCAGUCACAGCCCAGCGGAGCAGAGGAAGAUGGUGCUCUGGAAUGACAGCGUCAUCAGGCACAACAGGGUGUUGCAGUUGGAUCCCAGUGUUCCCGGGGUGUUCCGAGGCCCUUAUCCUCUUGGCAUCGAUCCCAUUUGGAACUUGGCCACAAAUCGUCUCACUUUUCUGAACUCUUUCAAAAUGAAAAUGUCUGUGAUUUUUGGAAUUAUUCACAUGACUUUUGGAGUCAUUCUGGGAAUAUUUAACCACUUACAUUUCAGGAAGAAGUUCAACAUUUAUCUGGUUUCCAUCCCAGAACUUCUCUUCAUGCUCUGCAUCUUUGGCUACCUUAUAUUUAUGAUUGUCUAUAAGUGGCUGGUUUAUUCAGCAGAAACCUCCAGAGUCGCUCCUAGCAUUCUGAUUGAAUUUAUUAACAUGUUUUUAUUCCCGGCUAGUGACACAGGUGGUCUUUACCCAGGGCAGGAGCACGUCCAGAGGCUGCUUCUGGUCAUCACAGCGUUGUCUGUCCCUGUGCUCUUCUUGGGAAAACCACUCUUCUUGUUGUGGCUUCACCAUGGGCGCAGUUGCUUUGGGGUCAGCAGGAGUGGUUACACACUUGUAAGGAAAGAUAGCGAGGAAGAAGUUUCUUUGCUGGGAAGCCAAGACAUAGAAGAGGGAAACAACCAAAUGGAAGAUGGAUGUAGAGAAGUGACGUGUGAAGAGUUUAAUUUUGGAGAAAUACUAAUGACGCAAGUAAUUCAUUCCAUCGAGUACUGUCUGGGAUGCAUCUCCAACACCGCUUCGUACCUGAGGCUCUGGGCGCUCAGUUUGGCUCACGCACAGUUGUCUGACGUGCUGUGGGCCAUGCUGAUGCGAGUCGGCCUCCGGGUAGACACGACCUACGGGGUCCUGCUCCUGCUCCCGGUCAUCGCUCUCUUUGCAGUUUUGACAAUUUUCAUCCUUUUGAUCAUGGAAGGGCUUUCUGCAUUUCUUCACGCCAUCCGCCUCCACUGGGUAGAAUUUCAGAACAAAUUCUACGUUGGUGCAGGCACCAAAUUUGUUCCUUUCUCACUCAGAUUACUUUCUUCGAAGUUUAGCGACGACAUGGCAUGAUCAUAUUGCUGUAUCCAACAAGCUUUCAGAUUUAAGGAGAAUUAUCAUGUUGUAGAAUUUCCUUAUGUUAAAUUGACGAUAGGAAAAAUUCCAUCUUCAUUAACUGCCUUAUGAGAUAGCCAAAUGAUUCUGUAAGAUAUACCUCUUCCUCAUAUGUUAAAUAUUUUGUAAAGUUUCUCAAUUUCAGAUAUAGAAAUUUCUUUCAGUUUUUAUGAUGAGCAAAUAUAAGUUAAUGCCAAAAGUUAUGUUAAAGUUAUUUUUAAAAAUAUAGGCUUGGGGGAGAGAAGCCAGUUUUGAAUGGCUAAUUGAAAAUGGUCUUAAAUACUUGAUUCCUUUUCAACUUAUUUAAAAAAAAACUAGAGUUAUUCUGUCACCUGAAGUUGUCAGAUAAUAUUUUCCAACAGCUGAAGUUAAGUAGUUUUUAAAAAAAUUUAAUGAUGGUUAAUCAAAAGAUUCACAUUUAUUUUGCUUGGUUAAAAGUUUGCAAACUUUUUUUAUCGUAUACUAUCUAGAAUUACAAGUAGAAUUGUUUCUACGAUUUUGUCUUGUUUUAAUAAUUGGAGAAAAUGGGAUAAAAUAACAUACAACAAAUGGUUAUCCCACUUGUAUAUUUUUUUAAGGACUCUUAUCCUGUUAUCCUUACAUAAAACCAAUUAUGAUAAUUGUAUGUUUGGGAAGAUAAACUGUGUACUGAGCCUUAAAAUCCAGUGUGACUAUAGAAGAUGUAAUAUGGAUAUGAUUCGAACUUAGUGACCAGCUUGGCUGAUGUUCCUGAACCAAAAGGGGUUUAUACUGAGUGAAGGAAAGGUAAAAAGUAGUAUUUUGUAUAUUUUUAUAAUAAAAUAUAAAUUAAGAUAUUUUACCAUGAAGAGGUUGCAACUAUCCUUGAGAACAGUAUAAUUAUAAUGAUUCACUUUCAGACUAAUUCGAAAUAAAUGUCUAAUAAAGGCAUUUAGAGUUAAACUUUUAAAAACUAUUUGAAUCAGUUGAAAACCAAUUCUUACUAAGCCAUUAAUGUAUAAUCUUCAGAUUAAAUUCAUCUUUUCACUUGACAUUUGAGUCAGUCCUGUUGAACAUUUUGAUCUGUCCUGUAUUCUUGUAAAUUAUGUUCGUUUUUCAUAUUUUACUGUAGUUGAUUUUAGAUAAUUAUUUUCAAAAAGAAACCUGCAGUAUUUUCGCUUUCUUAACAUUUUGAGUAACUCACAUGAAGAGGCCCGCUUGUCUCCUUCACCUUGGCUGGUGAUAGAGGGUUUAGGGUUUUCAUUACAAGCUAAGAUCAUGGUAGCCCUGAAUUUAAGCGUAUCUUUUCAGGUAAUUUCAAGGCCUAUUUGCUGAGAGGCAUGAAUUGAACAUCAUGACAUAACUGUGACUCUGACAUUAAACCUUUUAAAUUGUAGUAAAGAUUCCAUGCUACUCCUCUCAUAUGAGAUGCUGUCCCUCAUAAUAUCAAACAUAAAACGAUGCUGAUGAAACUCUUAAAAAUGCUACUGCUGUCAACGUUAAGUUUCCUCAGAAAGGCACUUGGACACUUCUUUUGGGUGAAUACGAAAUCUGAAUAAUGCCUUCCAGGUUUCAAAUGUGUCCCUCACAAGUUCUUAUUUUUAUUAUUUUACUCCAAGAUGGUAACUAAUUCAUCCUUAGGAAACCCACCAUUUUAACUGACAAGUUAACUGACUAGUAAACAAGAGACGUACAGGAUCUGCUAGAAUUCUUUUCUGUCCCCAUUGGCAGUUGUCACGGGGGCCACUUUUUAAUUCCAGUGAACGCCUCUAUCAGGGCAUAGAACAGAGGGUGAAGAGUCACUUUUCAACUGAAACCUAUGUAGUAGUUCUGUAGAACGUAAUGGUAUAAAAGACGGAUUGUUAGUCCUAAUUUUUGUGAAAGAACUCUCUAAAAUUACAGUUUGAUGGUGUCGUUUAGUCACCAAGGUAAAUUUUCUUUCUUAAUAUAAAGCUACUGGUUCCAGUGUCAUGUUACCAGAGCAGUUGCUCUGUUUUGUUUGUUAAGCUGUUUGGUAUAACUAUUACGUAUACAGUUCUUAAGACAUAACUUCAUUCCCUUGAUAGCAGGCAUCCAGAGGAAAAAUGGUCAGUUGUCUGGAUGAUGCUAAGUUCAUCUGUUUAUUUUCCUAACACGAAAAGUCGCGACUGCCACGUCUUCCAGUUUUCAUCCUAACAUAAAAAUCCAAGGGAUUUCUUCAGUAAAAUAGAGUUUGAUUUCGCCCUGCAAGGGUGAAGAAGGUCCUGGUGGUGAUGGGAUUGUGCUGAGUUAAGGAGUGCAAAGGGGGUUUGAUGGGGGUCACGCUGAGCCUGUGGGCUGGCAGUUUAUUGUGGCUAGGACUUUGAGGAGACUCACCCUUCACUGAAUGCCACUCUGUCCUCAUUUCUGGAAUGCGUAUUUUAUAACAACAUUCUGAUCUGAAUUUUCAUUCUGCAGCAGUUUAAAAAGGCGUAGACUAUAGGAUAGGUAACUCUUACGUUUACGAAUUAAAAAUUCAGACACUUCAGGGCCUGAUUCAUUUUGGAAAACAGAAAUAAAAAUAACUUCAACUGUUCUGCAGUCUGCAUUUAAAAACAACUUUAUUAAAAAUUUAAAGCCAGGUUUGCUUGUAUGCCAUCUGGUAUAUCUCCAGCAAGGUUAUUAAGAAAUCUUAAUUCAAGAUGAUGAAAAUAAGACAGUUCGGGGCUUCCCUGGUGGCGCAGUGGUUGAGAGUCUGCCUGCCAAUGCAGGGGACACGGGUUCGAGCCCUGGUCUGGGAAGAUCCCACAUGCCGCGGAGCAACUAGGCCCGUGAGUCACAACUGCUGAGCCUGCGCAUCUGGAGCUUGUGCUCCGCAACAAGAGAGGCCACGACAGUGAGAGGCCCGUGCACCGCGAUGAAGAGUGGCCCCACUCGCCGCAACUAGAGAAAGCCCUCGCACAGAAACGAAGACCCAACACAGCUAAAAAUAAAUAAAUAAAUAAAUAAAUAAAUAAAAAUUAAAAAAAAAAAAAAAAAAAAAAAGACAGUUCGGAGUAGUGAUUUUCCAACAGCCAGGCCAAUGAUGCUGAACUUUGGUUUAGAAUUUUAAGAAAUACUUAGAACAUUCCACCUGUUCCUUGAUGGGAAAAUCCAAUAAGAAGGCUAGGUUCUUAGGGUCAGCCCAGUAAUCUAGGGGCUUAAUGAGGGAAAACGACUGAACAAGUUAAAGAUCCACAGAUGUAUGAAGGGACAAAUUUGCAUCUUCCUAUCAGUAUUGAACUUUACUAAUGAAAAAUAAAUAUCUCUCUAUUUUUGAAA